AUGGCCGGAGCAGCAGCAGCCGCCGCCGCCGUGGCGUCCGGGAUCUCGUCCCGGCCGACCGCGCCGAGGAGGGCCUCGACGGGGCGCCGCGCUCGGCUGUCGGUGGUGCGGGCCGCGAUAUCCCUCGAGAAGGGCGAGAAGGCGUACACGGUGCAGAAGUCCGAGGAGAUCUUCAACGCCGCCAAGGAGUUGAUGCCUGGAGGUGUUAAUUCACCAGUCCGUGCCUUCAAAUCUGUUGGUGGGCAGCCUGUAGUGUUCGACUCUGUAAAGGGUUCUCGUAUGUGGGAUGUUGAUGGGAACGAGUACAUCGAUUAUGUUGGUUCCUGGGGUCCUGCAAUCAUUGGUCAUGCAGAUGAUAAGGUGAAUGCUGCAUUGAUUGAAACUCUGAAGAAAGGAACUAGCUUUGGUGCUCCAUGUUUGCUGGAGAAUGUAUUGGCUGAGAUGGUCAUCUCUGCUGUACCAAGUAUCGAAAUGGUCCGCUUUGUCAAUUCAGGGACAGAAGCCUGCAUGGGAGCACUCCGCCUUGUGCGUGCAUUCACUGGGCGGGAGAAGAUUGUCAAGUUCGAAGGCUGCUACCAUGGCCAUGCUGAUUCCUUCCUUGUCAAAGCUGGCAGUGGUGUUGCCACCCUUGGCCUCCCAGACUCUCCUGGUGUCCCCAAGGGAGCCACCUAUGAGACUCUAACAGCACCCUACAAUGAUGCUGAGGCAGUGAAGAAAUUGUUCGAGGAGAACAAAGGGGAGAUUGCUGCUGUCUUCCUCGAGCCAGUUGUUGGCAAUGCUGGUUUUAUUCCCCCACAACCUGGUUUCCUCAGUGCCCUCCGUGACUUGACCAAACAGGAUGGUGCACUCCUGGUCUUUGAUGAAGUGAUGACCGGUUUCCGCCUGGCGUACGGUGGAGCUCAAGAGUACUUCGGGAUCACCCCUGACGUGACAACUUUGGGUAAGAUUAUUGGGGGUGGCCUCCCUGUUGGUGCCUAUGGUGGGAGAAGGGAUAUCAUGGAGAUGGUUGCCCCAGCAGGACCAAUGUACCAGGCAGGAACUCUCAGUGGAAACCCUCUAGCCAUGACUGCUGGAAUCCACACGCUCAAGCGUCUGACAGAGCCCGGCACCUAUGAGUACUUGGACAAGAUCACUGGCGAACUCAUUCGUGGGAUAUUGGAUGUGGGUGCGAAAACGGGGCACGAGAUGUGCGGCGGGCACAUCAGAGGAAUGUUUGGCUUUUUCUUCACUGGUGGACCCGUCCACAACUUCGGUGACGCCAAGAAGAGCGACACUGAGAAGUUUGGAAGGUUCUACCGUGGCAUGCUGGAAGAGGGUGUGUACCUGGCUCCCUCGCAGUUUGAGGCGGGUUUCACCAGCUUGGCGCACACCUCCCAGGACAUCGAGAAGACCAUCAAGGCUGCUGAGAAGGUUCUGAAGCGGAUAUAG